AGGAAUUUUUCAUUCGAAGCACUUUGCCAUUUACUCUUCACAGCAGAGCAGACUCGGCACAAGAGUCUAUUUAACUACUGUAGUCAAAAGGAUUUUCAAGGACGUAUUCAGAGGAGGAAUGCCAGCUCCUGAGCAGAGCCCAGUGAUGGAGGAGGGGCUUCUGCUGCCAAUCAGAGACAGAACGGCCAAUCACGGCAUGGAGCCCGACAGCACCGCCACCAACAUCCUGGCCUCUGUGAAAGAGCAGGAGCUCCAGUUUGAGCGGCUGACCAGAGAGUUGGAGGUGGAGCGGCAGAUUGUGGCCAAUCAGCUGGAACGAUGCAGACUGGGGGCCGAGUCACCGGGCGCUGCUAGUGGCAGCUCGUCUGAGAAGUCUCUGCCCUGGCGAUCAGCAGAUGCAUCCACCUCUGGUGACGGCAAGUCGCGGUUGACGGACAGCUCGCAGUCGCCCUCCUUCCGGCUCCGCAGCGAAGGGGAGCAGCUGUCGCUCUACUCCCCCGAGCAGACCUCUCUCCAUGAAAGGUCCACAGGGAACUCGCGCAGCUCCACACAGAUGAACUCCUACUCGGACAGCGGCUACCAGGAUGCCAGUAGCUACUACAGCAGCCAGAACCUGGGCAAGUCGGAGCUGAGACUGCAGCACUCGUACCCGGGCACCGCCGGCAGCUCCACCCUCAUGAGGAAUGCCCGCGCCGAGGGUCAGACCUCCGUGCAGACGCAGGGUGCGGCGGCAGCUCCAGGCCGAGCCAUGCGGCGGGUCAGUUCGGUCCCCUCCCGUACCCAGUCCCCGGCCUACGCCAGCUGUGCCAGUAGCAGUGGCAUCUCGCCCUCCCGCGGCUCCCUCCGGGCCUCUAUGGGUGCGGGCGGCGGAGCAGGAGGAGGAGGAGGAGGGGGCAGCUCGUACGGCUCGCCUAUCGUGACGGAGCCGCGGCCGUUGCCCAGCAUCUUCUCCAGCACCACGCUGCCCGGUGCCGGCCGCGCCGGGUCGCCCUACUCCAACCAGCGCACCAGCUCGCCGGCCGCCCUGCGGCGCGUGGGCUCCACCAACUCCCGUUCAGGCUCGGUCGCGGGGGCGGGCAGCCGCACCACCUCCCCUUACCAGGCGCUGGGGGCCGAGGGGCAGCCGGGGGUCGGCGUGGCGGGCAUGGGGGGUUCCCCCGGGCGCCUCGUGGGCAUGACGGCCAUGCCCCAACAGCACUACAACACCGUGGGCCCGGACUGCCCGCGCUCGGCGAUGCACGACCCCACAGACCCAUACGCCGCCACGCAGCCCUACGACAUCUACGAGCGCAUGGUGGCCAGGCCCGACAGCCUCUCAGACACUCUGGAGGAUGACCUUCAAGCGGGUCUGCGGACCUCCUAUGCCAGUCAGCACAGCCAGAUGGGGCAGGACCUGCGGUCAGCCAUGUCGCCUGACCGCCACAUUACGCCCAUUUACGAGGAUCGCACCUUCCAGAGCCCCCUCUACCGCAGCCCCAACCACGCAGGCAUGGAGCUGGGCCACGCCCCGCACACCGCCCUCUACAGGACCUCCUCAGGUGUGGGAACCCUGCAGCGGAGCUCGAGCCAGCGGAGUGCCCUGACGUACCAAAGAAGCAACUACGCCCUGAACUCGACCGCCACCUACGCAGACCCCUACCGGCCCUCGCAGUACCGGCAGGCCGGAGCGCCCGACGACAACACGCGCUCCCCCUCCAUUGACAGCAUCCAGAAGGAUCCCAGGGAGUUUGCGUGGCGUGACCCUGAGCUGCCGGAGGUGAUCCACAUGCUGCAGCACCAGUUCCCCUCGGUGCAGGCCAACGCCGCCGCCUACCUGCAGCACCUGUGCUAUGGAGAUAACCGCAUCAAGGCCGAGGUUUGUCGGCUGGGCGGGAUCAAGCACCUGGUGGAUCUGCUGGACCACAAGGUGCUGGAGGUGCAGCGCAACGCCUGCGGCGCCCUGAGGAACCUGGUCUACGGCAAGGCCACCGACGACAACAAGGUGGCCGUCAGGAACGCCGGCGGCAUCCCCGCCCUGCUCCGGAUGCUGAGGAAGACCGUGGACGCCGAGGCCAGGGAGGUGGUCACAGGGGUGUUGUGGAACCUGUCCUCCUGCGACACGGUGAAGAUGACAAUCAUCCGGGACGCCUUAACUACUCUGACCAACACUGUGAUCAUCCCGCACUCCGGCUGGAGCAGCUCCUCGUUUGACGACGACCACAAGCUCAAGUUCCACUCCUCCCUGGUGCUGCGCAACUCCACUGGCUGCCUGAGGAAUCUUAGCUCGGCUGGGGAGGAGGCCAGAAAACAGUUGCGUGGCUGUGAGGGGCUCGUCGACUCCUUGCUCUACGUCAUCAAGGCCUGUGUUAGCACCUCCGACUUUGACAGCAAGAUUGUGGAGAACUGUAUUUGCACUCUGAGGAACCUUUCGUACCGGCUGGAGCUGGAGAUCGCCCCAUCGCGAUUGGUCGGCACUCAGGAGCUCGAUGGCCUGUUGGGGUCAGAGUCGCCCAGUAAAGAGGUGGACUACGGCUGCUGGGGUCGCAAGAAGAAAAAGAAGAAGAAAGACUCACAUGAAGACCAGUGGGACGGCGUUGGCCCCAUCCCUGGCUUCUCCAAGUCUCCCAAAGGGGCGGAGAUGCUGUGGCACCCGGCGGUGGUCAAGCCUUAUCUCACCCUGCUGGCCGAGAGCUCCAACCCGGCUACGCUGGAGGGCGCCGCAGGGUCGCUACAGAACCUGUCAGCGGGCAACUGGAAGUUUGCGGCGUACAUCCGUGCGGCGGUGCGUAAGGAGAAGGGUCUGCCCAUCCUGGUGGAGCUGCUGAGGAUGGACAAUGACCGGGUGGUGUGCUCCGUGGCCACCGCCCUGAGGAACAUGGCUCUGGAUGUCAGGAACAAGGAGCUGAUUGGGAAGUAUGCCAUGAGGGACCUUGUCAACCGGCUCCCAGGGGGCAACACCACCCAGCUGUCGGACGAGACGGUGGCGGCCAUUUGUUGCACUCUCCACGAGGUCACCAGCAAGAACAUGGAGAACGCCAAGGCCCUGGCCGACACGGGGGGCAUCGAGAAGCUGGUGAACAUCACCAAAGGCCGGGGAGAGAGGUUCUCCAUGAAAGUGGUGAAGGCUGCAGCCCAGGUGCUGAACACUCUCUGGCAGUACAGAGACCUGCGCACCAUCUACAAGAAGGAUGGAUGGAACCAGAAUCACUUUGUCACCCCAGUGACGACGUUGGAGCGCGACCGGUUCAAGUCUCAGCCCACUUUACCAACCAGCACCCUGCAGAUGUCCCCAGUCCACCAGUCUGCGGGCAGUGCCACCUCCUCUCCUGCCAUGCUGGGCAUCAAAGAGCAGCGCUCCGAUUACCAGAGGGCCCCGUCAACUAUGCAAUUUUAUAACUACCAAGGCGACAACAAUGUACAUAAAAACCAAUACACAGGGUCUGCGAAGUCUUCGCCAUAUUACAUUGGGUCCUAUUCCUCACCAACACGAGAGGAGCCCAGAAGAACACAACCACAGUUCUAUGGCGAUGAACCGGGCAGGAGGAACUAUGACACCUACCGAAUGUACCUGCAGUCGCCCCAUGGCUACGAGGAGCGCUACCUGGAGGACAGUGCCGUGCGCUACUCCACGGCAGACUACGCUCCCCAGCCGCUCGGGCUCAAAGCCACCACUAACUAUGUGGACUUCUAUUCCACCACACGGAGGCCUUCUUACCGGGCAGAACAGUACCCGGGCUCCCCUGACUCCUGGGUAUAGACCAGAGAGCGAGAGAGAGCGAGUAAGAGAGAUUAUUGUAGAGGCACGGGACCUUUGCCAAGAGGCUCCAUGAACUCUUCCACAUGAACUUUUAUUUUGCGUGUCAGUUUGUCUGUUUUUUUUUUGUUUUGUUUUGUUGUUGUCGUUUGUCUCCUUUUUUUAUAUAAAACAAAGUUAAAGAUGAAUGUGGCGGUCGUUCAGAUGAAAUCAGAUGGGUGAAAUGGAAAGUGAGCCAAAGAAGGAAUUCAUGGAAUGUUUGUUGUUUUUGAUUUAAAAAAAAAAAGACAUGGAGAGUGAGAGGGAAAGGAAGAAUCUUGCAGUGAGUGUGUCAGGACAAAGGGGCGAGGAUGCCGGGCGCUAGUGUGCCACAGGCUCCUUGCACUGUGUAAGGGUUUGUGUUUGCUUUUUUUCUUUUGAAGACGUAGUUGUGAUAGCAUGGAGAAAGAGUGAGUAAUGUGAUUAAAAAAGGUUUGCGAUAGAGAAUCAGGUGGGGAAUGUGUAUGUAGGCCAAAAUCGAUCACCAACAUGUAUCUGUAAAAAAAAAAAAGAAGAGAAAUAAUAAUAAUCUAAUGUCAUUAGUUUGUACAGAGGGAACAAAUUGUAUUCGUACCUAUUGUUGAGAUUGUGAAUGCCACUAAGUCUUGUACAUUUCCAUCAUUGUAUUGUAAAUACAGAAAAAAAAGGCCACCAGGUUUACGCUCAUCAGCACGGAUGUGUGCUAUGUUGAAUUGAAUAUAGGUAAAUAAAUAUAUGGAAUAUGAAGGGUGAUGGUGGGGGCAACGUUGGCAUUGAAAACACUCUGGAGUAAUAAAAAAAAUCACUUUUGUUUUUUAAA